CUCGUAUACUCCGCUUUCCUAGUAAUCACUGGAAUGACAAAAAGAAAAAGAAAAAUGCCUACCCAAUAAAAAGACUAAAGGCAAAGAACACAGACAGGGACUCUGUCGCGGAAGAGUCUAUAUGUUCCAAGAAUGUCUUAUGUGGCGUUACUCAGGCCUCCGGAACACGCAGCCCGCCAUUGCGAAGGCGGACAAAAGCGUCUAAAAAGAGCCCGUGAGGACCCUGGCAGUCAUGUGUUCAAGCGUGAAAUCCCAAAAGGAAUUGAAAAGUGAGUAUCAAUUCUAAGGCAUUAAUGCACCUAUAUGAAUGGGCGCGUACUCCAGUGAACGUUAGUACGAAAGUAUAUGCUCCUCUCCAAAACUCCAACCCAGCUAAGAAGGGUUCUGCGGCAAUCAUGUUUGAUGAGGUGAAAGGAACCCAGCGCGAGGAAGAAUCAGAGCAGAAAUUCGUGGAACCGAUUUCUUAUCCCCUUUUCUACGAAGCUGCUAAGCUGCGAAUCAUUAACCCGGUGCCGAGCAAGGAUGAGAGCAUGCUAGAAGGAGGGAAAAGAUGCGAAUGUCCUAGAUCUUUCCAUCGUUUCAUGGCUCUGCCAAUGGAGCUACGAUUGAAGAUCUGGAAGCUCGCUUUGCCAGGACCGCGCAUCCUGCAUAUCUCCUUUUCAGCCGAGGAAGGACACAUACCUAAGCUGCACAACGGAGAGCCGUUCGAUAUGCCGCUCGCCCGCACUUGCAAGGAAUCCCGUGCUUUUCUCAAGGACUACGGCUACAAACCACUCUGGCCACAUCUCAUCAACCCGCGUAACGGCGAGUCGUUCAACGGCCCUUGGAUCUUGCAGGGGCGAGACGUCGUUCGUAAUGUGUGGAUCAAUCCCGACCUUCUUUUCCGACUGUGUCCCCCGGGAUGAUAGCUUAGUAUACCAGGUUAUGAAACGCAGGUUGCGCCGGUCCGCAUCUGGGAGGACGUUUCGAUCGUGAGACGGCGCGUGGCUGCGCAUGUAGAUCGCGCUGGAAGACGUGGGAAAACGCAGUGCGCGCAAGGCGUAUGGUGCGUUGCCGGUGGAAGGUAGGAUUUCCCUACAGGCGGCGCCCGCAAACAGAAGAGGGAAAAAAAAAAAGGAAAAAACCUGAAGUGCUUUACGUGUAAUUUAUAAUGGGUUAAACGGUGGGUUUCUCUUUCGUUUCUUUCUUUUCACUCCAUUUCAUCUUAUCUGGAGAGCCGGUAGACUGUCGUGCUGGUUGGUGGCCAUGUCAGCAGCAC